AGGUGCCCGCCGAGAGGCGUCGGCCCCGCGGCCGCGGAGGCAGCGCCCGGGCGGCAGGAUGAAGGGGUACCUGGACCAGCAGGUGCCGUUCACUUUCCCGCAGCAGCCUCCGGGCCGGGCUCCGGGUGGCGGAGCUCCGAUGGGCGCUAGGAAGAGACCCGGGGAGCCAGGGCUGCCGCCGGCGCGGGAUUCGGAAGAACUCUUCCAGGACUUGAGCCACUUCCAGGAGACUUGGCUGACAGAAGCUCAGGUUCCAGACAGUGAUGAGCAAUUUGUGCCUGACUUUCAUUCAGAAAACUUAGCUUUUCACAGUCCUGCUAAGAUUAAAAAGGAGCCGCAGAGUCCCUCCUCAGACCCCACGCUGUCCUGCGACCACAAGCAGCCAUUCCAGUACCGCAAUGGCGAGCAGUGCCUUUACGCCAGUGCCUAUGAUCAACCCAGACAAGUUGGAAUCAAGUCCCCCAACCCAGGAACCCCGAUACAGUCACCGCUCCAACAGUUCCCUAGACAGGACAGGAGCUUCCCGACCCUUGUGGGGCCACCCCACCCCACAUCCAGCUGUGGAUACCUCAAGGAAAACAGCUCUGCGUACCAGCCACCUGUGGAGAUGUGCCGUUCCUUCCCCUCCUCCCAGGGCAUGGCUCAGGAAGAUCCCGUUGCCCACCAGUGCCAGAUGUCUGAGCCCUGCCUCCAGUACCCUCACCAGGGCUUCAAACAGGAGUACCACGACCCAAGGUACGAGCAAGCGAACCGGGCAGGCAGCAGCCAUCAGUACCCAGCAGCUGUGGUUGUCAAGCAGGAGCAGGUGGACUACGUCUACGACUCAGAUGUUCCUGGCUGUCCUUCCAUGUACAUAAAUGCUGAGAGUUAUCCAAGCCAUUCAACUACAGAAGAUACAUUGGGCUGCAGCUAUGACAAGCAGAUGAGGUCCUUUACUGAUGAUGUCUGUGUUGUUCCAGAAAAAUUUGAAGGAGACAUCAAACAGGAAGCCGGAGGGUACCGGGAAGGACCUCCCUACCAGAGACGGGGAUCUCUCCAGCUCUGGCAAUUUCUUGUGGCUUUAUUGGAUGAUCCGACCAACUCCCACUUCAUUGCCUGGACUGGUAGAGGGAUGGAGUUCAAGCUCAUUGAGCCAGAAGAGGUAGCCAGGCUGUGGGGGAUCCAAAAGAACCGACCAGCCAUGAACUAUGACAAACUGAGCCGAUCCCUUCGCUACUAUUACGAGAAAGGCAUCAUGCAGAAGGUGGCUGGAGAGCGCUACGUGUACAAGUUUGUCUGUGAGCCUGAAGCCUUGUUCUCUCUGGCCUUCCCCGACAACCAGCGGCCAACGCUGAAGGCAGAGUUUGACCGGCAGAUCAGUGAGGAGGACACAGUGCCCCUUUCCCACCUGGAUGAGAACACGGCUUAUCUGCCAGACCUUGGGAGCCUCCCUCCACAGUUUUACAGCAAAGGCUACCCGUACUAGCACUGCUGGGGGCACGCUGUGCCACCCUUGCUCACGUAUACAAGGAGAUAACUGGUUCGUAUUCAAUCAGUACAAGCAUUUUUCCAGGCUGGCCUAGAGCAGCACUGAACUACGAAUACCUGCUGUGGUCAGGAAGGCUGUUCAGGUCCACGUGUGGAUAGUCACCUGACAGUUGACAGGGCUCUUGUGUGCUUGUGACUGUACCCUCAUUCCUCAGGAUGGGACUCAUUCUUGGCAACGCGGACGUCUGAGCAUCCAAGCUGCAGCUUCAGCAGUGUAUUGGAGAGUUGCUGCCUCCAGCUGGAACAAAUGAGCCUGUCACAGUCCCUCUCAUUGGGGAGGGAGGAGAUGCCGUCCUAUUGGGCUUUUUUUCAGAUAUGAGGAUCCUACAAUGCUGCUCUGACUCCAUUCCUCCAGAACUGAACCUCUGUACAACCUGCCCUCAGCAAGGGGACCAGCACGUGGACUCACCUCUGCAAGGCCAGACUCACCAGUCUUGCCUUCCCUGUGAACUGCUUUGUGGGAAUGGAGAAUACUUGUUGCCUUGUACGUACAUGCUCCAGCCUUACCACCUCCUUGCUCAUACCUCUUUGUGCCAGGGCUCUCUGGUAUUUGGGCACUCUGUCUGAGCUGGGUAGAUGGGGGCUCUGGCCAGGACUGGAGCAGAUCUGGAGUACAUGGCACAACAUACGAUUUAGGGGAACUACAGAGCUGCCUGAUUGCGUUGGUCUGGGGCACAGGUCAAAGUCAAUGUCACCUUCAGGUAGGUGGAUUGCAGGAGGCAGCAAGGCCUGAGCCACUAGUUCAUUGUAGUGUUGUAGCUUUUCCAAACUGAACAACUUCUUCAACAAACAUCCUCAGGAUCUUUGAAGACCAGUGUGCCCAUCCUGGGCUUGGCUCGAAAAUCAUUUGAGGCAAGAAAAGAACCUGGUGGAGGUGUGUUAAGAAAAUGCUUUACAAAGUAACCUAAACCAUAUGUAAUUCUUAAUAUCCAAAUUUAGCCUUUACCUCCACGGAUAUUUGCAUGUUUUAGGGAAAUCCUGAUGUGUUGGAAAGGCAGCUAUCUCUGCAGCCCAACAGAGCACAUACAACAUAACUAGCCUUUGACUGGUUUUCCACAAUAGCGAACCUUUAUAAUGGGCACCACGUUGUCAUUGAGAGGUGCCUCACUUUAUAAUUAGCAGCUCUGAGCACAUACCCAGUUAGACAAGGAGCAGUACAGCGUACCCAUACAGAAAAAGCCUGUUUCCUACUGCUUCAGGUUGAUGUUCCAGCUGCUGAAUACAGAGCAUCACCAAUGCUGCCAAUGUGGUAACCUCCAGAGGAAAUUCUGUAUAUUGAUUGAAAGCCUGAUUUCCCCCCAAGACUCUCCCCUGCAUGGCUAAUGCCAAUCUCCCAGCCUUGUCCCUGGGCAUGAGGGCCAGGAAAGGCAGCUCUCCAUGCCCGAGAAGAGGCCAGGUUCUCGGAGCAGCCUGCUCUGCUGAUCCCUGUGUGGUUCCAGAGACUUGCUGUUCUGGCAGCUCCUGGCCUUCCUCUCUUGCCCUGCUCCCACCUGGCAAGCACACUUCCUCCGGUGUCCCAGAAGUGAGGGUGAAGGGGAACCCCUCCACUGGUAUAAGCUGCCUUUACUAUUUAUGAGUGUAAAAAUACUAUAAUUAAUAAAUUGGUCUAUGUCUUUGGCCGGCGUGCCCUCAUUCA